ACCAUAGCCUAAGCGUACGCGGUCCCAUAUUUAUGUCGUGUCUUGUUUUCUCGACAGACGUCAUCUAUUUUCCUCGCCCAGUAGUCGUACGAUAAUGGUAAAGAUGGAUGCACGAAUCUUCGAUGAUAUGAAUUUGUACAUCACGCCGGACCGGUUCUACAUCGAGCCCUCCGAGUCGGAACAGUUCGUCAUCAUCGAACGGCCAGAUGGAGCAGUUUCGCUGCACACCGUGGACAGCAAGGAGCGGUUACCGAUCCACAGUUACGAGCUGCGGAAAAUCUGCGGAGUGCUCGGCAUGGUGCGGCUAAUCAGCGGGCUGCAUCUGGUCGUGGUAACGCAUCGCAUUUUCGUGGGCCUUAUCAACAACGAGCCGGUGUGGCAGAUGGCCGGUUCCGAUCUGAUACCGCUCACGCCGACGCUGACGCAUCUGAGCGAGAGCCAGAAGGAACAGAACGAGACCUAUCUGGCCAUGAUGCGGCAGGUGCUGGACACACCCUUCUUCUACUUUUCGUACGGCUACGACCUUACCAACACGAUGCAGCGCAUCGGCAGCAAUCCGAAGGUCGGGGACAAUGUUGGCCUUUACGGGCAGAGCGACAAGCGCUUCGUGUGGAACGUUGGGCUGCUGGAGAACUUUCCACUGCUGGUGCGCUACGUUCUUCCCAUCAUACAUGGCUUUGUUUCCAUCAACGAUGUAACGGUGAACGGGCAUGCUCUCAGCUGGAUUCUGAUCUCACGCCGCUCGGUACAGCACGCCGGCACCCGGCUGUUCUGCCGCGGCAUUAACCAGAAUGGCGAGGUGGCCAACUACGUCGAGACGGAGCAGAUCCUCGUCACCGGACAGGAUCGGGUGUCGUUCGUGCAGACGCGCGGCAGCAUUCCCCUGUUCUGGCACCAGACGCCGAACUUGCAGUACAAACCGCGGCCACAGCUGCUGAUCGGGCGGGACCAUCUGGUCGCCUGCUCGCGCCACUUCGACGACCAGUGCAAGCUGUACGGUGCGCAGUGCCUAAUCAACCUGAUCGACCACAAGGGCGCGGAAGAGGUGCUGGAGAAAGCGUACGAUGCGACCGUGUCCGGGGUCGGCAACACGCAGCUGCACUACGUCUCGUUCGACUUCCACAAGGAGUGCAAAAAGAUGCGGUACGACCGGCUGAGCCUGCUGAUGAACCGCAUCACCCACGAGCAGGACAAGUUCGGCUUUUAUCACACCAACCACGUCGGCCAGGUGUACUCCGUCCAGAAGGGUGUGUUCCGCACCAACUGCAUCGACUGUCUGGACCGGACGAACGUUGUGCAGAGCCUGAUUGCGAAGCGCAGCCUCGAGCAGGCGCUGGAACGGCUCGGCAUUUUCAAGUUCGGCGAGAAGCACAUCGAUCCCAACUCGCAGUUCGAGGCGGUCUUCAAAGCGGUGUGGGCAGAUAACGCAGACCUCAUCUCACUGCAGUACUCUGGCACCGGUGCGCUGAAGACGGACUUCACGCGCACCGGCAAGCGCACGUUCAAAGGGCUGCUGCGCGACGGGCUUAACUCGCUUACGCGCUACGUCAAGAACAACUUUAGCGACGGCUUCCGGCAGGACAGCAUCGAGCUGUUCCUGGGCAUGUACCGCGUACGGAACGGGGAAGGUUUGGAGUUUCCCUCGCCGCUCAGUGUCUCCGAUCCCACGGUCGACUGGCGCAAGCGAAUGAUUAUGGCCACGGUGCUGUUUGAAAUAGCGAUGUUCUUUGUCAUCGUGCUAUACCCGACCGAGUUUAGCUUGAAAACGGGUGUCCUGCUGCUCGGCUGGGGCGUGAUGGUGCUGUUUACCCAUCGGUUCUUCGUCAAGCAUCGCAGCGAUUUCGUCGACCGGCCGAAGCUGCUGUCAAAAAAGUAGCUUGCCGGCAGGGGCCUCUAACCGCUGGCGAAGAACUGGCCAUGCGCGACGUGAGCAUGUACUACACCAUCGUGUGAGCACGGCACGGCGGCAGCGCGCGGAUGCCGCACGGCAAGCGGAACAACAGAGGGGCAACGGAUGACCGGCUUUUACAUUUAUACAUUUGCAUGUUACGGGUACGUAGGAAUGUACCUUACGCGGGAAAGAUGCACGGAAAUCACAGGCACGUAAAAUUGAUUGUAGUCCUGCGUAGUUAAAACAAAAUGCGUUCAUCUAGAAGAAUGAUCAUGCCUGUUGCAAGUAGGAAAAUUCAAAUUUAGACGAAUGGGGCUUCAUAUGAUGCAAAUGAAUCAAUAAUCAACUCCUAACCUUUCCUUACGAUUUGUAUCGAAUGCAUGGUCUACGGGUGCAGCAAUGCAGCUAUUUUGCUUCCUAUACGGUUAUUUCAGGGUAGGAGAAUGUUAUUCUAGCGUAAGCUAAUAAAUCAAGGUGUAGUGGAUCAUUGCAAUUAGUUUCUUUCCCAGCCGUAGCAAAUCAUUCACGACCGACAUAUAGAGAUACAGAGAGAGAGAGAGAGAGAGAGAGAGAGAGAGAGAGAGAGAGAGACAGAGAGACAGAGAGGGACAGAGAGAGGGAAAGAUGCAGAUUGUGCGUGAAAUGGGAAAUGGUUAAUGGGAAUAAACAUUCAUCAAGGUGUAGCAGGUGUUAGGAACUGUUGGUUGUAAUUGACCGUUACAGAUAAGCAGGUUGAGCUAAAUUCCAUGCCAAUUCCAGUUUGAUUGAUUGUGACUAACAAACUAUAAAUAUUUAUAUAUUUUCGGCGCGGUCUUGUAGGCACGUAAAACGUAACGUAUAUGAACAAUAGAUAUCUACAAUAAAAUCACUCCGUCAUUCAAGAAAACAGCAAAUGUA